AUGCAUUUCUCAAAGCCUCUUUUCUCGCCUCUCUCGCCUCUUUCUGACGUCUAUCGUCCCAACAAGCGCAAGGUCCCCAUAGUGGAGGUUCGCAAGCAGCCCGCCCAGCCGACCAAGAGGAUCAAGUGUUACCCCAGUCCUCCCCAGAUCGUAGGAGUGUACUCCGAGCUGUUCUCUGUGGGUUUUGGUGAGCCCGCCAAAUUUUGCCCUGACAAACGAAAGUGGGCGAACGAUGAAAAACAACGACGACGAACCUUCUGCCAACCACCACAGAAGAAACAGAAGACAACGCCCACUGAGGGAGAACGUCCUGCACCUGUUCCGGUCAACCAGCAGAAGCGCAAGCGGGAGACCGACGAAGACUGUGACAACGACGAACCGUCGGCAAAGCGCCAGACGGUGGCCAACAAGCGCCCCACUUUUCUUAACCACCGAGAAAAGACCAAGACCCUGAACAAAGGAAAAACCGUCGCCGCUCCUCAGGCACACGUUGCCGUCGCUGAGCCUCUGUGGCUCCUUCUUUUGCGCUUGGAAGCCUCCACCCACAAGGAGCCACAGAAGGCGGUACCUUCAUUCAAGAAGGUGCCCAAUCUGUGCAAACCGGGCAAGCCUUUCGGUCAGUUCAGUGUUCAGUGUGCUUUUCACAACUACCCGUGGUCACAGCCGUCCUUCUUGACUGGUGUCUCGCACCCCGCUGAAUUGCAAGCUUCGACCGACUGGGUGUGCAAAGUGGCGCCUUCGGGUGUCGCUUUGGGUGGAGAGUAG